CAGCUCUCUCGCAAGUUCAGACGUGGCACAGUGUGACGUCAUCAGCGCGCGGCAGUGUUUACUGAUCUCGCGCUCCAUCAGAUCUCAUAUAAACAUUUGAGUGAGUUUGAGCUGGAGACGAUCACCUCAGGCUGUUCCAGUGAAGAUGAUGGAAGAGAGUGGAAUCGAGAGCACACCGCCCACCACCCCUCCACCACCCCCCACAGCGGCUGUUAGCCCACCGCCACCUGCCGCCGGUAUGUGCAGUCCUCUGACACUCCCGAGCUCCUCUGGUGUGUCCGGGUUUGCACCUGGAAGUUUCUCCAGUCCUGUUCCUCCAGUGCCGCCCUUGCAGUCAUCCGCUCCUCCUCUCGCUCUCGGCUCCGUAACAUCUCCUCUGGGUCUGAGUGCUCAGUACAGCAGCCCUGUCGCCCCGUACGCUGCCUCUGCGGCCCCUCCCCUCAGCACCACGGCCCCACCUGGCGCCGUACUGUCUUUCCCACCCAUCGGCCCACCCACCACUGGCUUCUCUGUGAGCGCAGGAUACGACAUAACACGUGGCCACGCUGGCCGCACGCCUCAGACACCGCUGAUGCCCAGUUUCUCCAGCACCUCACCCAUGCCAGGCAUUGUGUCUAAUCCCAUGAUGCAGCAGCCGGUGUCUGGAGGUUUAGACGUCAGCUCUCCCAUCACAUUCCCUGAAGACAAUGAAGAUCCCAGAGUGACUCUGGACAGCAGCUCCGCUGGAGGAUUAUGGGGCUUCAUCAAGGGUGUAGCUGGUAACCCGAUGGUCAAGACGGUACUAGAUAAAACCAAACACUCUGUGGAGUCCAUGAUCACCACACUGGAUCCUGGAAUGGCUCCUUACAUCAAGUCAGGGGGUGACGUGGACAUUGUGGUGACAUCAGAUAAAGAAGUGAAGGUGGCAGCGGUGCGGGAGGCGUUUCAAGAAGUGUUUGGGAUGGCGAUGGUGACCGGCGAGGCCGGUCAGUCAAACAUCGCCCCACAGCCGGUGGGCUACGCUGCAGGACUCAAGGGAGCUCAAGAGCGCAUUGACAGUCUGCGUCGUUCUGCGGUCAUUCAUGAGAAGCAGCCUGUGGUGUCUGUGGAGAAUUUCAUUGCUGAACUCUUUCCAGAUAAGUGGUUUGAUAUUGGCUGUGUGAUAUUAGAUGAUCCUGGCAAUGGCGUUCACAUUGAAAUAUUCACUCAAGCGACACCUGUGGCCCUGGAACACGUUCAACAGGCUCAGUCUCUGACUCCUCCAGACUAUCCUCUGCUUUGGUCUGGUCUGCUGGUGACCGUCGGGGAAGUUCUGGAGAGAAAUGUGCCAAACGUCAGCCGCACAGACUGGCAUCAGUCCUUCACUGGCGUGUCCCGCAGACAGAUGAUCUACUGCACUGCUAAAGCUUUGGCUGGCAUGUACAAACUGCGGCUGCCCGCUAGGACUGUGUGAAUGCAUCAGGACGCAAUCUCCCAUAAUGCACCGGGAGUCUCGCCCUGUGUGUUUUCACUUACUUCACAUGAGAUCUCUACAUGCCAACAAGAACUUAAAACCAGCUGAUGAAAAGGAACAUUUGGUUUAUUUCUGCAGCAGGCUUCAAAUAAACCAAAUUACAGGGAAGAAUAAUACACAGCUAUUGAUGAAUCUUUUAAAUUAUUGAUAUGACGUUUCUUCUAGAUUAUACAAAUUUGAAUGAUGUUAAUAAUUGACAACUUCCCUUUUCUUAAGCACAAUCUGUAUGAUGUAAAUACAGUAAAACUAAAAAACAAACGUCAGAUGAGCAAAAUACAUCUGAAAUCCUGCUGUGGGACAUUCUGCAUGGCUCAUUUAAAAUCAUCAAAACUUGCCAGGAAGAAAUUCUUUUUUGUUGAGCAGAUUUCUGUUCUCUUGUGUCCUAACCAAGCAUGACGAGCAAUAACAUCUGUCUCUUCCUAAUCGGAUGUGAGCACUUCAAACGACAGGACUUUUUGAAAAUUGCGCCGAGUAGCCCCACCCACUGUGCCCACCCAACUCUCAUUAAUCUAAACUCGCGCUCAUAAUGGCAUGUAUUAAACAUUAGAAAUGUUCUGAUUGGCUGAUUGUGCCACAUCUCACAGCAGUCACAUGCUCAGUGUGACUAGAUUGAUGUUGGAAGCUUUUUGGAUCUGGUUAGGACACAGUGUUUGUUGUGUUCUUAUUUUUAAUGUAAACAUUAAAUAUUGAGGAAAAUCUAAUUCAUCACCCUUUUUGAUCUGGAGAUUUUUAUAUUAAUCCAUUUAAAUUUAUGUUAAUGUUGUGAUAUCAUUUUGAAGUUUUGUCUUUUGAUUUUUCGUUUUCUUUUUUUUUAAAUCAGAUCGUUAGUAUCUUUGCUCUGAACUAUACACACAAACCAAUUAUUAUAAAUGUUACAUAAAACAUUCGUCAUAAAUGUCAGUUUGUUUCAAUAUGGCCAAUAGACUGUCAUUAAUAAUGUGCAGCAGUUUAACUAAGUCAAAGCCCAAAAUCAGAUGUUUCACCCCGAGUGAAACAGAACAUAUGAUGAUCUGAGCAUGACCUCUGAGUGACCUCUGAUGUGUAGCACAUGAUGUCGAAGCCAAAGCUAUGCUGGACUGUAAGACUUAAGGAAUAUUUCCAAAAUCUAGAACUGCCUUUAACGUGUCUUUAUCUGUUUGUAAUAGUUCUCCAGAACAACUGUGGAUGAUUUUAUUGCAUUUUACAAUGUGCCUUUAGACAGCAGAAGAGUAUCUUUAAUAAAAAGCUUAAUGU